AUGGCGCGCAAGAAUCGGACGAAGAAGGGCUCGACAACGGGUGCGGAGGUGUACGACGUGGAGGCCAUUGUCUCCAAACGGAUCAAUUGCGGAACCGUUGAGUACAAUGUCAAGUGGUUUAACUACCCGUCGGAACAGAACACGUGGGAACCGAUCGACAACUUAGACGGCAGUAAAGAGAUGAUCGAUGAGUACGAGUCCACACAUAAGGGAGAAGCGGUGCCCGAAACCGAGUUCCUCGAAGUGGGCAACGGUUUCGACCAGAACUGGACGCCCGUUAAGGUGUUCGGCGCCACCAAACGGCCCACCGAUGGCCGACUCAUGGUUAUGAUCAGAUGGAAGGGCAAUAAGUCGUCGUUCGAGUUCGCAGAUGUGGCCAAUAAUCUGAUCCCGCAGUUAGUGAUCGCUUAUUACGAGCAACGGAUCCGAUGGAAGACCGGCGAUAAACUGGAGCGCAACACAUGCUAUACGAGUGACAUCGACGACAGUAACUCAGUGUCGGCCACACAAUAG